ACAGUGUAAUUUUAUUCAUAAUUACUGUGUAGUUUGUUCUCUUACAGUGUAAAUUUCUCUUCGAUUAUUACUGUAAAUUUACACAGUUUUGCACUUGGAGUCUCUCUAUAACUGAGUCUUGAUUUCUCUCUUGUUUUUCAGCUAGUAGAUCAAUGGGCAGACUACGGAAAGUCUCGGCCAAGGAUGUUCCGCAAGUUUUUUCAGUUGAGAGUCAGGAUUCUUCAAAAGAUCCUUCUGUGCCUAAUGAUUUUGCUGAUGAGAAUGUUAUGUCUUUGGUAGUUAUCUUUGUCUUCUUUUCAUUUUCAUUGUGUUUUUUCUGUUUUUCAUUUUCUGUGUUGUGCUUAUUGUCUGAAUUUUUCCUUUUUCAGGAUUUCUCUGCUGAGUUUGAUAAAGCACUUUACAAUUCCUAUGUGACUAAUAAAGUCAAGCACCUCAAGAGGAAAUUAUCAUCUGUUGGUAGAAGGAAUGUUAUGAAUAAAUUUCCUCCCCUGAUUUGUUCAUGUGAGAGGUGAAGAGAGAAGUUGGCGAGCAGUUGGGACUGUUUUUGCUGACCUGUGGAUCAUGAUGCCGAUUUCCCUCUGAUGUCCUUCUUUCUUGCUGCUCGUCAGUUACAACAUCUUCUUCGAAGCUCUUCUGGUUUCUGUUUGCCCUCCUUCUUCUUCUGCCCCAUCGCCCAUGGCCGCCUCCAUGUUCUCCCUUCUUUUCUUCUCCCCCUUUCUGAUUCGCUUUUUGUGUUGUUAGGUGAGAUCUGUCCAGUGGUUUGCGGAGGGGUUUGGCCCUUUUCGUGCGUUGCAAGCUGGGCACAUGUUGUGUGGCCCUGGAGAUCAAGAGAGGGGUAGGCCGCUGAUUUUUCUGGAGCGGUUUGUUGUCCAGGCUUACCGGGUCAGCUACUUUCUCUGACCCGUUUUGGCGUCCUUUUUGUCUGUCAGCUGUUUUUGUGACUGUACAGGUGUCAUAUGUUCAUUUGUCAGGAUUUUUGAAUGUUCUCAAAUUGUAAAACAGUC